CGCGUUGCGCAAUUAUGCAUAUAAAAUGUUAAUAAAAUACUCAUAUAAAACGCGCUAUGAUAACUCGUUUGCUCGCUCGAUGCGUCCGCGCGUCGAGGAGUAGAUAGGCCGGAUUUUUUUCGUUUUUACAAAAUAGAGAGAUAGAGGCACUCGAUUCGAGUCGAGCGCCCCAGAGAACGGCGCAAUUAUAACCCGAGCUUGCGUGCGUCUGCGUGUAUCUAUCUAUCGUAAUUUCUUCUAUUUAUCUUAAUGAUCUUAUAAAAUCGGACACUUCCGCCCACGCGGCUGUGCGCACGACAGUAAUACAGGAUUGACCGAUUGGUGUAGAGGCUCGGUGAAAUUUCUCAUAUUAAUACUCCGUUCUCACAGCGUUUGAGCAGUAGACGACGACACUUCCAGGCAUCAUCAUGUACGGUUCUAUGCCGAGCGAGAAGGUGUACGAGAUCGCUGGCAAAUACAAUGCCAAGGUGGUCGAUUUAAGGAGCGAUACGCUGACAAAACCGACGCCCGCGAUGCUGAGAGCCAUGAGCGAGGCCGUGGUCGGCGACGACGUGUACGGUGAAGAUCCCACGGUCAAGGAACUCGAGCGUCAGGUCGCCCUCUUGACCGGUAUGGAAGCUGGCUUGUUCGUACCGUCCGGCACCAUGGGCAAUCUCGUAGCCGUAAUGACGCACUGCGACACUCGCGGCUGCGAGAUCUACGUGGGCGAGCACUCGCACAUCGCCCAGCACGAGCAGGGCGGCGCCGCCCAAGUCGCCGGCGUCAUGGUCAACGCGAUACCUCAACUUCCGGACGGCACCUUCGACCUCGGCGAGCUCGGUUCGCGCCUCAAGAGCGACUGGCUGCACGAGCCGUUCUCGCGUCUCGUCGCCAUCGAGAACACCAUCAACGGCAAAGCUGUGCCGCGCGCCUGGAUCUCCGACGUCGUGCGCUUGGCCAGGGAGAGAAAUUUGAGGGUGCACUGCGACGGGGCGCGCAUCGUCAACGCUUCGGUCGCCACGGAUAUGAAAGUGGCCGAUAUCCUGGAGGGCUGCGACUCGGUGAGCGUGUGCCUGAGCAAGGGCCUGGGUGCCCCGGUGGGAUCGGUACUCUGCGGCAGCGCCCAAUUCAUCCAUCGAGCCCGACGCACCCGAAAGGUCCUCGGCGGUGGUUUGCGCCAGAGCGGAGUUUUGGCCGCGGCCGGUCUCGUGGCCUUGAAAGACGCCGAAGAGCGACUGUUCGUGGACCACAAGAACUGCCGGAUGGUCGCCGAGGCGUUGGCUCAUUACCAGUCCGAGGAUUUUAGCGUCGAUCUCGCCACCACCCACACCAACAUGAUGUUCGUGAAGGUACGCCAGACCGAGGCCUGGGACGCGUACAAAUUUGUGGCUAGGAUGCAGCAGGUGAGGGACGAGGAGGAUCCACGCGAUCUAACCUUAGUUAGAGGCUUGGCGCUCGCGCCCAACCUGGCGAGAUUCGUGUUUCAUCGCGAUAUCGAUGAAGACAUGGCUAAGGCGGUGAAAGACAAGAUUGAUUGCAUUCUUCGAGAUGUCACGGUCCGCGUAACAAUAAACUAAAAAUUAGAUAACUUCAGGCAGGUUCUGAUAGCAUUGCUCUUAAAAUCACGUCGUGAGAGAUAAAAAGAUUAUUUGUCGACAUCACAGCGAGUCGUAUAAAUAAAUGAAUUGUAUGUUAAAAUUUAAUAUUUAAGAUUAAGCAUAAAUCCGUGAGUUUCGGAAGAUGAUUCGAAUGUAAUAAAUUACCCCUUAAUGUACCCAAUAAUUAGAGUGUUCAUGCAUUUCAUUUAUCAAUCCUACUAUUCACUCCAGCCAGAAUAAGAUCUGUAAUUUAUAUAUUUAUGUAACCAACCACCUGUUACAGAGAGGCCGCGAUUGAGAAUAACGUAGGAUAAACGAAAAUUUAUACUUUAAUUUAAUUUAGACUACCAUCCUCACUUAAAAUAAUGAUGGACCUGAA